AAGGUGUUGUCGUUUGAUUUAAGAAGUAAGACUUGUAAGACUUGUGAAUUCCAUCUUAAUAGAAAAGAGACUGUUCCGGAGCAUGAGUGUCAGUUGAAUUGGCAUGGCUCUAGUAAAUCCAUGGAGGCAGAUAUGGCGGUGUCUAUGGCCCACAGAUUAAAAGAUGAUGAAUGUGAAAUUAAUGUCAUACAUGCUGAUAAUGAUGCAGCAACAUCAGCCAGACUUGAAGUUGAGUUUGAAAAUAUAAAGAAAAAGAUGACCAGAACCAUGUAAAGAAGGGUAUAUCAACAAGCUUAUAUAAUAUUUCAAAGAGUUACAAAGAAUUGCAAAAGGAUGCUGACUGGUGUAGCUAUCAUCAAGAUCCAGAAAAAUUUACGUAUAAAAGUUUACCAAAUGGGAAACGGCUCAAGUCUGAAGGAUUAAAGGUUGAAUUGAAUAAUUUAGUGCAAAAAAUGAUUGGUAGGAGUAAUUCUUUAAAUGAUCUUAGAUCAACACAGUCAAAUAAAAGCUUUAACCAGCUUGUAUCUGUAAAGGCACCUAAAUCAAGACAUUAUGGUGGAUCAUGCUCACUUCAGAAUAGGCUAUCUGCAGCUGUGCUUCAGAAACAUGAAGGAUAUGGCUACUUAUCCAAGAUCAAUGAAGCAGCAAACCUCUCUCCAGGAGAAUUUACAAUGGUUUCCUCUGUAAGAGAUAAAAAAAUGGAAAAAAGAAAAGAAAAGAAGAAUUCAAAGGAAUAUAAAGUUGGCCGUAUACAAAAGAAAAGAAACCACAAUAAGAACGAGCGUAAACAUCUGGUAAGAGAAGGAAAAACUUAUGGAUCUCAAAUGGAAUUUGAUCUUCAACAGGACCCUGAGCAAACCACAGAAAUUCCACUUCCUUUUAAUCUAGAUGGCACUGAAUGCAAAGUGUUUUUUGAUUUAAAAACAACAGGCUUGGGUAGGAAUAGCGACAUCAUUCAGAUAGCAGCUAAGUCAAAUUCAAAUAGUUUUAACAGAUAUGUCAUCCCGAGAGUGGACAUUCAGAUCGAGGCCAGUAAGAUCACUGGUAUAACAUUCAGCCAUGGAACAAAUAAAAUGUAUGUUCGAGGAGAUAUAGUUGAACCUGUGACACUACAUAAAGCCCUACUUGAUUUUAUACAUUUUUUAAAGGAACAGAACCAGUCAAUUAUACUAGGUCAUAACAUUUGUAACUUUGACAUUUCUGUAAUUGUUAACAAAUUGAAAGAAUGUAAUUUGUUUUCGACAUUUUGUGAAACCGUGAAAGGUUUUAUUGACACAAUGAAAGUGGCUAGAAAAUAUAUUCCAAAAAAUGAUGUAGAAAAUUUUAAGCAGCAGACUCUUGUCCAACAGUUUGUAGGAGAAAAUUACUCUGCCCACAAUGCAAUAGAGGAUGUAGAUUCAUUAAAAACAUUAUACGACAGUAAUUUUACCUCACUAGUGAAAUCUGAUGAUGACCAUAAGAUACCACCAAAGAGUAUGAAAUGCAUUCAGGACUACUUUCAGACUGAGGAAUGA